AUGGAGACGGAACUGGUCUUUUUCCUGGCCGUUGUGCUCGCGACCGCUCUUCUAGUCGGCACCAUCCUCCGACGCAAACGCAGCUCCAGCUCCAGCUCCACCCGCGAGUACAGGCUCCCACCAGGCCCUCGGCCGUGGCCCGUGAUCGGCAACCUCAACCUGAUCGGUUCGCUCCCGCACCGCUCCAUCCACGCGCUCUCGGCGCGGUACGGCCCGUUCAUGUCCCUCCGCUUCGGCUCCGUCCCCGUCGUCGUCGGCUCGUCCGUGGACGCGGCCAGGUUCUUCCUCAGGACCAACGACGCGUCGUUCAUCGACCGCCCCAAGAUGGCGUCCGGGAAGCACACCGCCUACGACUACUCCGACAUCGUCUGGUCGCCCUACGGCGCGUACUGGCGCCAGGCGCGCAAGCUGUGGAAGGCCAACCUCUUCAACGACAGGCAGCUCAGGUCCCAGGAGCACGUCCGCAGCGAGGAGCUACGCGUGCUCCUGCGCGACCUGCGUGCCCUGUCACUGUCCUCCUCCGCGUCCGCGGGGCGCGGCCAGGUCGUCGCGCUCAAGGAGCAUCUGCUCAUGCUGAGCCUCAACGUGAUCUCGCGCAUGGCGCUGGGCGGCAAGUACGUCGGCGAGGGCACCGCUGGCUCGCCGAUCUCGCCGGCCGAGUUCAGGUGGAUGGUCGACGAGCUCUUUCUCCUCAACGGCGUGUUCUGCAUCGGGGACUUCAUCCCGUGGCUCAGCUGGCUGGACCUUCAGGGCUACGUCGGGAGGAUGAAGAGGCUGGGCAAGAUGUUCGACCGCUUCUUGGAGCACGUGGUGGACGAGCACAGCCAGCGACGCCGGCGAGAGGGCGACAAGUUCGUCGCCGCGGACAUGGUGGACCUGCUGCUGGAGCUCGCCGACGACCCCAAACUCGAGGUCCCCAUCAAACGGGAUGGCGUCAAGGGAUUCGCUCUGGACCUGAUGAGCGGCGGCACCGAUACCACGUCGGUCACUGUAGAGUGGGCCAUGUCAGAGCUCCUAAGGAAUCCAGAGGUCCUUGCCAAGGCCACUGAGGAGCUAGACCGUGUCAUUGGCCGGGACCGUCUUGUGGCAGAGGGGGACAUUCCAAACCUCCCAUACAUGGAGGCCAUCGUGAAGGAGACCAUGCGCCUGCACCCAGUCGGGCCACUCCUGACGCCGCGGCUGGCUCGAGAGGACGUGUCCGUGGGCAGCUACGACAUCCCGGCAGGCACGCGCGUCUUCAUCAACGCCUGGGCCAUCGGCCGCGAUCCGGCGGUGUGGGAAGCUCCCAUGGAGUUCCGGCCAGAGCGCUUCGUCGGGAGCAGAGUGGACGUGAAGGGGCAGCACUUCGAGUUGCUGCCGUUCGGGUCCGGCCGCCGGAUGUGCCCUGGCAUGGGCCUCGCCCUCAGGAUGGUGCCUAUGAUCUUGGCCAACCUGCUGCAUGCCUUCGCGUGGAGGCUCCCCGACGGUGUGGCGGCCGAGGAGCUGAGCAUGGAGGAAACGUUCGGGCUCACCGUGCCGCGCUUGGUCCCGCUCGAGGCCCUCGCUGAGCCCAAGCUCCAAGCUCGCCUAUAUGCAGGCCCGUGA